AUUCUGUUGGGUGUUUUACGCAAGUGAACAAACUUCAGUAUAUACACUUGGGAUUUUGAGCUACCCUAUUACUUAGACAAUUGCAGUUUAUUGUUUUAAAAAGCGAAAACCGCCUUUAAAAAGGCCUUGAUGGACGAACGCUCGCUUACUCUGUCAUCUUCUUACAGCUAUCCUUCAACAGAGACUUCAUUUCAAGUUCCUGUGUCACAGACUGCGGAUCCCACUUCGUCAGCGUUAUCCUUCAAGUCUCUUUUAGAAGAUCCUGUAAAUCCCUGCUUCCCAUCGUACACGCCGACUCGAACGGAAAUCACUCCUGUUGCCCUUUCUCCCAUUCCAAUAGUUCCAAGUCAUGAGUUUCAACCUUAUUUGCACCAAAUCUUUCAGGAAUACGCUCGUUAUUCUAAGCAGAAACAAACUAGCUUUCAUCGCCAUGUAGAACGUCAAACUAAGCGCCUUAGCCAUAACUCUAGUCCAAGUGUUUAUGAAUCGCUCGCCCGUCGCAAUUCCAUGUCGACGGCUCGAGGUGGGCUCAAGAGCGAGUCGUCGUAUCCAUCAUCGAAUUCAGAAACCAUCACAUUUGACCGUGAAGAUAUACCACCUCCUACUCCGAGUGUCGUGGAAAAUUUCCCUCUAUCCACAAUUCCGUCUGUUUACUUUCAAGACGAUUUCAAUCUAGACGAUCCUCAAACCUUUGACAUUGCAAGUGAACAUGUUGAUAUUACGCAAGCUGGAAAUGCCCAACAUGCUAACCGAAAGCUUCUAUUAAAUAAUUCCAUGUUGCAGGAGAAAAUUUCUUGGUAUUUGGAUAUCGUUGAACUUCAUUUAUUACAUGAGAUUGAAAAUGCCAGUGAUAGUUUUCCCAUUAUUAUGGAAAAUCUUAAAAGUCUUAAAAAUCAAGGUACAACCUGCUUACGAGAUACCCAUAAUUUUUUGGAGAACCUCCAUAGAAUAACAAAGGCUCGUGAUGAACAACGAGAAGCCAUUUUCAAGCAAGAGCAGUCCUGCUCACGACUUCAUGACUUAAUCCAAUCUCUAUCAUUUUUGGAGUCAAUCUUCACUCUGGGCGAUCAAGCUCGUCAAUCUGCCCUUGAUGGCCGUUUCUUGAAUGCAAUUAAUAUAAUACAUUCCAUUUAUUCUCAACUAGAGUUAAAAUCUAAACAAGAAGGAAUAUCUUUUAGCUCUUUGCCGGCCGUUACCGAACUUUUAGAGGACCAGCAUUCUCUUUACAAUACCAUCUCGCAAACCGUGAUACAGAAAUUCCCCGAAGUCCUUAUUCAGGAUUUACGCGAUUUUUCCUCUCAGAAAUCUUCAUCCGAUUUAUUAAAUAUAUACUUGAAGAAAAAUAAAAAGCUAAGUGAAAACACGGAUCCCCUGCCUCUCGUUACGGACAUUCCUCCCGAUUUUAUAACAAGGUUGGAACGAUUCAUUGAUUGUCUCCUCCUUACUGAUGGUCUUCAAUCUGGUUUAACUAUAUUUAAGACCUCUGUAUUUAAAGAAAUAGAAUCUCUCAUUACACAAGCCUUUGCUAAGCUGAAUUCUCUUUACGGAAACGCCGAUCGUCGAAGUAUCAGUACCACGAGUCUUUCCAGUUUAUCAAAUUCUUCUUUUCAUUCCUUACCGGAAGGAUCCAGUGAUAGUAAAUAUAUCGCUGAUUAUUACGACACGCUCACGACAGUUUAUCUUACAUGUUUGGAAGUUUUACGUCGAUUAGGACAACAACUGAAACUUUUAAUCGAUAUUCUAUCGAGAAAAGACGAAGAGCAGUAUCAUUACUCCAUCGCUUUAAAUGAUUUAAUGACGGCUAGUGCCGAAGUAAUUCUACAAAAAUUAACCCACAUAAAUAGCGUUUACUUCAAUGCAUCCACCAAGACUUCUGUACAGGAGACUUUGAAGUUGUUUACUUUGCAUUCUUUAUUCUAUAACGAACUUGAAAAUUUGUGUGGUAUCACACAAAAUAAUUUUAUGUCUAUUAUCAUGCAAGAACUGCAAAAAUGGUUUCAAAACGAUCAAUUGAGAAAUAUUCAGCGCCUUGCUUUAGAGUAUGAAAAGGAGAAAUGGGAAGCUAUUUCGGUAAGCCCGGCAGUACAGAAAAUGGCAUCUCGUAUUGACCAAUGUCCAAUGGAUAUUCCUAAUAAUUGGGUGUUUUUUCAUGAACCAAGUAUAGAUGACAUGAAAGACUCAACUGGAGAAGGUGAGUCAUCUAUGUCGGAUACUUGCACUCUUCAGAAUCAAUCCAUUCAUAUGGUCAGUGCGUCAGUUCGUUUGCUUGAAUGCUUGGAUCAAUAUGGCCAGCUGGUUUUUAAUUUUCCAAGACUCUCCCAUGAUUUUUAUUAUGGUAUAAUAGACCUUCUGCGGACUUUGAAUUCACGAGUGUACCAGUUAAUCCUUGGAGCUGGAACUGUACGAUCAUCCGGGUUGUCUAGGGUAUUAGGAAAGCAUAUUGCCUUAGCUUCACAGACAGUGACUUUACUUCAAACAUUGUCAACAUCCAUGUUCAAAUUCCUUUCAAAACAUUAUGGGAUUAAGCAAACACAAGAAUUACUAUCCCUUGAAAAUGAUUUUAACUUGCAUCAUAACCAGAUUACUGAGAAGUUUAUUGCUCUCAUGAGAGAAAGAUCAAACUUCUGUUGUGGUCAAAUUAUUACGGUUGCAUGGGAUAACGAAGAGCCUCAUGAUUAUAUGAAAGACCUUAUAAAAAACUUGUCCAAGUUAUAUAAAGUUUUGCAUCGCUACUCUGAACCAGAUUGUGCUCGAGUCAUUCCGGAUGUCAUAAAGAUGUUUGAAGACAGACUACAGUUGGAAUUGACAGAUCCUGCGCAAGAUCCAACAAAAUGGAAUGGUAUCAAAAUAGAUUUGUCAUUCUUUUACGAUUCAUUAUCCAGCAAGUGUGGUUAUGUUGGAAGCCCGGAAGUACUCGAAAAGUUUGAACGUGCCGUAGGGCAAACUGCCUCGGAUAAAGUAACUACAUGAUACGAACAAAGAAACAAUUUGAUGAUUUUCUUCAUUGAAAGAGAUGAAGUUGCUUAAACUUUUUUCGUUAUUGCUCCUUUUUAUGUUUCAUGGUAUGCUAUAAUUUUUCACUAAUGCGUUUCCUUGGAUUCAGAAAAAGUAUGAAGACAGGAAUUGAUGAAUUUGGAUAAAUAUAUAAAAUUUAUUUUAUGUCAGUAAUGAUGAUUUCCAUUCAGUAUUCACAGACCCUACUGUGUUUCCAGUAUCAGCGAAAACAUAAGUUACACAUUCUAAGCAUCAUAAUGAAAUCUUUAUAUAGA